AUGUGCAUUACGAUAAGCAGAGGACAGGUAGACUUGAAUGACACUGUCAUCGAUGAGACGUUUAAUGAACUCGAGUUUCUCGGAACCGGAAAAACUUUACCCGACACUCCGGAUACCAUUGACAGCUAUUGUCAGUACAUACGGAGUAAUGCUAGCGAAGAACAUAACAGUGGCCUGUGGGCGGUGGCAAAUAAAUGGGCGGCCGGGCUCAGACCCGGGGUCAGGGACACCAUCAAUGGUUUUAUCCAACUUGGCUUUUAUGGUCGGAUUGCUCUCAAAGGGUUUUGUCGACUAAACACUACUUCGGCUGUGACUGUGGCCAAGGGUUAUAACUCGCGACUGGCUAUAAGUCAUUUGCUAAAGGAUGCGACCAUUGCCAAGAUAUCAAGAGCAGCAAGGCACAAUAAUAGAAACACCCUGACACGUAUUCAUAGCACAUUGCGAGCGUAUAUUGACUUAAUAGAGUUGGCCCACAAUGAGAGCAUAGAAUUGAAUGGAUUUGCUUACGGUUUGGUAUUGUCCAUUAAGGUCGGGGAUAUAAAUCAUGUGUACACUAACCCCUACCCGUCAGACAUCAGUGAGCCCAACAAAUGUGAGCCAGGUAGUACACCUCAACCCAAGUCCACCACAUAUAUA